AUGAGAAACUUGCACGGCGUCUUCUGGCUAGCCAUCUGGGCGACUCCCACCGCCGGGUGGAGAUUGUGUCUAGACAGGCCAAAAGCCGUCGAAACCUCGAGGAGUGCUCCCAGCCUACCAGUCCUCCUACCCAAGCAGACCCCUCCACCCGAACCCCGCCCCCCCCCCAACAACAACAACCAGCACGCCCUCCAAAGAAGUCCAGACACCUACCACCCACCAAGCGCCUGCAAAAGCGCAACAGACACGUAUCUCCCGAGGAGCGGGGAGCCGAGUUCGCUGCCACCGACGGGACCGCCACCGCCACCGCCACCGCCACCGCCGAAGCUGCAGCCGGGAAGGAGGAGGAGGAGGAUCGCGACCCUCCUCGAGAGACGUCGGGCGACGCCUGGCUUCCUGAGAUGGAGUUCUAUGCGUCCUCGGCCGUGUGGCGCAGGUGGAGGCCUUGGCCUGGGUCUCUGCCUCUGUCUCUGCCUCUGUCUCUGCCUCUUCUCUGCCUCUUCUCGAUCACUACUUGGAUCGUGGCCGUGGGUUGGUGGUGCCGGUCGCUGUAUCAUCACCAUCACCAUCACCAUCAUCAUCAUCAUCAUCGUCGUCGUCGUCGUUUUCUUCUUCCGAGAAGAGCCGCCGCGGUUCGACUGCGCGUCGGCGGCUCUGCGCCGUCUUCUCCUAUCUAUUCAAUCCCCGGGCGGAGCUGGGGUUAUGUUAAGGGCUCUCAGCUGCAGAAUUCCCGGCUUAGAGACUAUGUUUUGGGGAUUACGGUACUGGGAAUGUGGCGUUGGGGAGGUUUGGAGAACACCACAUGUUGCUGGAAGUUUUGCUGGUUCAAGUGUCUUUUGA